GAGCACAGCAAUAGCUGCCGGGCUCAGCCCGAGCGUCAGUGCGGCCUGGCGAGGCGCGGAGAGAGCAGGGACUCUCGCAGUGCUCGCUGUUAACGCACAUCAUGUCCGAUAGGAAGCGGAAGGCCUCCAGCUCGGAGGAGCCAGUGUGUGCGCUGUGUGGCCAGGCAGAUGUCGACCCGGACAUCUGCGGGCACACACUUUUCGAGACUGGGAUUCGUGUCCAUGAGUUCUGCUUGACGUCUGCCAACAUCACGGCUAAAGCAAGACCAGGAAUUGAGGUCCUCCCGCUUGCUGCCAUCGCACGCAAGGUCAGGCAGGCAAACAAGAAGCAAUGCUGUGUUUGCGGCGAGAGGGGGGCUGCCGUCACAUGCGCAGAGAGAGGCUGUGCACGCAGCUUCCAUCUGCCCUGUGCCAAGGACGGCGAAUGCAUCACCCAGUACUUUGGAGACUACAGGUCCUUCUGCUGGGAGCACCGCCCUCAACAGGCCACUCAGGAAGCUCCAGCACAAGGCACCAUCUGCCUCGUCUGCUUGGAGCCUGUGGGGGACAGCUUGUCCUACCACACCAUGGUGUGCCCAGCCUGCAAACACGUCUGGUUCCACCGGGACUGCAUCCAGCAACAGGCCUUGAGUGCUGGCACUGCGUACUUCGAGUGCCCCGGCUGCCGAGACUACAUUCUCUUCUGUGAAGAGAUGUCCAACAUGGGGAUCCACAUCCCAUUAAGAGAUGCAUCGUGGGAGGACGAGGAGUCCUACGAACCCCUUCUAGAGAUGCACAGCCGCUGCGAUGCCAGCCAGUGCCUUUACCACGGAGGCAGAGAGCAGGCACAGAGUAGGGGGCCCUGGGAGCUCAUCCUGUGCAGCUCCUGUGCUGCUGAGGGCACCCAUCGACAGUGCUCCCACUUGAGCAACACCACAGACAUGUGGGAGUGCAACAGCUGUGCUGGCCUGGCUACCGCCUCCAGCGCCAACGCUGAGUUCGCCGCUCCCAGCACUGCCAGCCAGACGGCUCCGGCUCCGGGUCCAUCCAGCAGCUCCAUGGAGCCUGAGACCUUCGGCUCCAUGCCCGACAGCCAGGCAGCGUUGGGGACAUCACAGAGCUCCCAGCUGCCUGAGCACAGCGACCUGCCCAGUGUGCCUGAGACGGAGCAGGGGACAAACGGCACACGUUCAUCGGAGGACCGGGCUACCCCUGAGCAGCUGCGAGGACGCCGUGGGAGCAGGCGAACAGCAGCCCCACGUGCUGAGAGCGACUCCCACGCAGCCACCAGGCGGAGGGCAUCAGGCUCCUCCAGGGCGUCUCCGGCAGCUGCACGCAGAAGACGUCGCAGGCAGCGUUCAGGAAGAAGCCGCACACGGAGCCGCUCCCCGCUGCAACGUCGGGACCCGAGCUCCCAGAGCCGGCCAAGAAGACGCCAUGGCAGCAGGCGAAGGCCAGCCUCAAGGGAGCAGAGCGCCACCCGCAGAUCAACAAGAUCUGCCACUUCGAGGUCCCCAAGGGCUUCCAGAGUGCCGCGACGCAGGGGACAGGCCAGGCGCUGAAGGCGGACCCGGACCCUCACCCAAAGCCCUCCCCUUUCUUACUUCAAAACCAUCCCCCCUUGACCUAUCGCCAUCCACCCUUGGCAAACAGUCAUACCCCCCUCCCCAUCCCCCCUGCUUUCUCUGGUCCCAAGAGUCCAACACAAUAAAGAUCAGAGAUCCCCCCCAGACAGCUGUCGGUUU